CGACUAUAUGUCAUUUUUUGCGGGAAAGAGAGUAGUCUGAAAAGUCAGAGGACAGUCGUAAGGGAGAUGUGAUUGAAUAUUUAUUAAUUUUGAAUAGGAUAUAAGAUGGCAAGAACUAAACAGACUCAGAGACAGGAUACUAGUAAUAAUGUAUUACCCAGGGCAGUGUUUGGUAAUGCUGGCAAUGGAUUGAAUUCAUUUGGAAGAAAGAAAAAUAAAUCAAAAAAGAAGAAAGGGAGGAAGAGGUCCUUUUCAAACACCUGGAAUAGAUUUAAUACAUAUGAAGAGAGGUCUAACUAUGUGUGGCAUAACACGGGAGCAGCUCGUCUGGACUACAUCACAAUUGAUGAUGACAUGGGACAAAGUGACCUGGAUGAUGAGGUGUUAUUGGGCCAUCUUCGUGGAAAUAUUGUUGGCAUCCAGUACUACCGAGGCACUGUAAACAGUAACGAGAUGGUUGCCAUUGAAAGAGAACCCCACAAUAAGUAUGAUUGUAAUGCUAUCAGGAUACUGAAUGUUGGAGGUCAACAAGUGGGACACAUCAAACGAGAGUUGGCCAAACCUCUAGCUCACAUCAUUGACAAUGGUUGGGCCAGACUGGAGGGCAUAGUACCGUUUGGCUGCUCCAACAUGUACUCCAUGCCAAUAAACCUGACGCUCUGGGGAAAGCAAGAGUACCGCCAGCUAACAGCCGACAAGCUGAAGGGUCAUGGAUUUAACCCCACACUGGUCACAGAGCCGUCCGCCAACCUCUCCCAGGGAGGAUCAGGACUGGGAAUGUCUACACCACGCAGGACUUACAUGUCUCCAGACGAGAUGAAAAAUGAGCUGGAUAAGUUAUUUGAAAAUCUAGAGGAAGGAGAUAAGACCAGCACAGCAGAGCCAGCAAAGGUGAUUGCCACGCCAAUGUACACCCAUCAGAAACAGGCCUUGAACUGGAUGAUUCAGCGUGAGAAUGGCAGUAAGUUGCCUCCCUUCUGGGAAGAGAAGAAAGGUCGCUUCUUCAACUCAGUCACAGUGUUUACAACGGAUAAGAGACCACAUUCUGUCAGGGGAGGUAUCCUGGCUGAUGACAUGGGUCUAGGUAAGACUCUGGAGAUGAUUGCCCUCAUUAUGACGAACUUUAAAGAUGGACUUCCACUAGCUGUACCUGUACAGGGCAAGGUACGACCGUCCAAACUCGACAGAGUCCAGAAAACAGCCCAGAGACUAGCCAGUUACAAGUUGGAACCCAAACAAUUGGCAAUGAAGAAAGUGAACUUGAAGAGGGAGAAGAUGUCUAACUUCAUUGUGGAUGAUAGCAAGCCGAGUACUAGCUUUACACGUAAAUUUGUGAGGAACAUAUCUGGGUUGGGAAAUUUUAAAGGUCCACAGCUACCCUGUCUUCCUGAUGAUGACAUUUCGGACACGGACAGUUCUGUCGAUUCAGAGGACGAAGAUUAUGAUGAUCCUCAAGAAUCAUUCAUGAUGAAAGGAGAAGAUCCAGAAUUUGUGCCCAAAGGGUACUCUUUCAAAGAAAACAUACCAAUGUCUUCACGCCCUAAAAGAAACACUACAAGGACAGUCCCGCUGUACAGUCGGGCGAUAGCUACUGUGUCUAGUUCAUCAACUGAACAGAUCUCUACAGCCUCAGGACAUGGUUUAUCUGUCGACAGCACUGGGACAGUUGCAUCAAGUUUAUCGUCAGUGACUAGUGAUGAGUCUACAAUUAACACUGAUGUAACACCUGCUGUAGUAACAGAGGACAAAACAGCAACGUCUGUUACAUCAGUCGAGGAGAAAACAGAAAUACAUCUACCCUCUGUAGGAGAAACACAUGAUUGUGUGUCGGUGGGAAAGUCAAUCAUGCAGCAGUCAGACACUAAUGUUAUCAGUGCCCCCGACACAAAGACAGAUUCAGCAUUACCCAAAUGUACAGCUGUAUCUAGUGGGGCAGCUGUACUAGAACAGUCACGGGUCAUUGAACAGAGGGAGAUAAAGGAACAAUGUGAUACAGCAGUUGUAAUAGAACAGUCACGGGUCAUUGAACAGAGGGAAACACAAGACCAAUGUGGUACAAGUGAAUUUACUGUCACAUCUAUAGGAACAGAAGUGACAACAGAAAACAAAAAACCAAAGCCAGCCAAGUCCAAGGCAGCACCUGUGAUAAUGCCUCUUACCACAAGUGGACGUCCCAGACGUAAUGCCAAGAAGCCUGCCAGAUAUGUAGCCAGCAGUGAUUCUGAGGUAGAAAAUUCACCCAUGAAAAGAGUACGUGUUAAUAAAAAGGGUGAUAGCCGAUCUGUGGUGUCUAAGAAGGGAGGCAGAGGGAAAGGCAAAAGUACAGUCAAAGGAAAACUAGAGCUCAUGCCUUCUGAAAUCAUGGAUCAAACCAAAAACACUGCAGAUAGUGUCGCUCUGUCCAACAAAGAAAUCCUGGAUGAAACCAAAAACACAGGGAAGCAUGUUAAACUGUCCAUCAAAGAAACCAAGAGGUAUUCCCAUGUGGUGAUCCUGGAUGAUGGGGAGCUUCCUGACCCAGUAGUUACUGUUAAGGCAGAAGUGUCCACAGCAUAUACUACAGCCAAGACUGCAGUUGACCUUCACUGUGAUGAUGACCUUCCAGAUCCAUCGGUGGUACCUUCUCGUGGCUGGAUUAGUCCCCAUAUUAGUGAUGACGAGCUGCCAGACAUUCCAGAUGAUAUAGGACUCCAGUGUAAUAGUCCAGACAGCAGUGAAUGUGGGAAGAUGUCAGGGCGGACGUAUACAAAAGGAGCCAGGGCCACACUUAUCAUCGCUCCACUGUCUGUGAUAAGUAACUGGCAGAACCAGCUAGAGGAUCACUUACAUGAGAAUGCUCACUUAGAGAUCUACACCUACUAUGGGUCAUCACGGACCAAGGACCCCACACUCCUCAGUAAAAAGGACGUGGUGCUAACCACCUAUUCUACACUAGCCGCUGACGCCAAAGGUAAGAACAUUUUGGUCAAGGUAGACUGGCUGAGAGUGGUGCUAGAUGAGGGUCAUGCUAUCAGGAAUCCUAAUGCCCAGCAGACCAAGGCCAUCUGUCAGCUCAAGGCAGAACGCAAGUGGAUCCUCACUGGUACUCCCAUACAGAACUCCAUGAAGGAUCUUUGGUCUCUAGUCAACUUUCUUCAGAUUAACCCAUUUACAGACAGGCAGUGGUGGCGUCGCACCAUUGAGCGCCCCCUAGACCAAGGCGAGGAAAGCGCCCUCAGGCGAGUAUGUCACCUGAUGUCGGCCAUCGCCCUACGUAGAACCAAGACCCAGAAACUGAACAACAAACCACUGGUGGAACUGCCAGACAGGAAGGUGUUUGUGGAGCACAUCAAAAUGACAGAGGAUGAGAGGAAUGUCUAUGAAGCCAUGCAGAACGAGGGGAAGGUCAUAGUUAGCAAAUAUUUCAAACAGGGGACACUACUCCAUAACUAUGGUGAGGUGUUGGCCAUCCUGAUGCGACUCCGUCAGAUGUGCUGUCACCCAUUGCUGAUUGCCAAGGCAGCUGCUGCUGUAAAAGAAGUCCUAGAGAAUUUACCAGCAGCAUCUACAUCAGGCAAUGAUGGACUAAGUACAGAAGUACGAGAGAAACUCAUCAGUACACUGCUGAUGGUACUGGGGUCAGGGUCGGACGAGGAGUGUGCUAUUUGUCUGGAUACACUCAAGGAGCCAGUGAUCACACACUGUGCCCAUGUCUAUUGUCACAACUGUAUAGCCGCUGUCAUCAAAACAGACAAGCCUAAGUGUCCACUUUGCCGUGGAGAUGUAGAUGAGAAUAAGUUGCUUGAGGUCCCCCCUGAACAGCUCCAGGAACCUGAGGAGUGUGAAGAUGACAUGAUUACACCAGAAAACUGGAAAUCAAGUUCAAAGGUAGAUGCUGUGAUCAACGCCUUAUUGACCCUAAGGGACGAGGAUAACACCAUCAGAAGUGUUGUCGUUUCACAGUUUACCUCACUUCUUACUCUGCUGGAAAUACCAUUGCGUGCCCAGGGUUUCCGAUUUACACGUUUGGAUGGCACCAUGAAUCUUAAGAUGAGGAUGAGGGCUGUUGAGGAAUUCAUGGACCCUAGUCCAGUAGCACCAACCAUCAUGUUGCUGUCACUCAAGGCUGGAGGUGUUGGCAUCAACCUAACUUCAGCCUCCAGGGUGUUUCUAAUGGACCCAGCAUGGAAUCCAGCUGCAGAGGAACAAUGUUUUGAUAGAUGUCAUCGUUUAGGACAGAAGAGAGACGUCAUCGUCACAAAGUUCAUUGUGGACGACUCUGUGGAGGUGAGAAUGAUGGAGCUCCAGGAGAAAAAGAGAAAGUUGAUGCAGGGAGCCUUUGGAGCAUCCAAAAAGGAGACUGCAGAACAAAGACGACAGAAUAGAAUAAAAGACAUAAAAUCUCUGAUGAAUUUCUGAGUGUCAUCAGGUUAUAAAGAGUGAAAAUGAAUCAGACUUGAGUGUCAUCAGGUCAUAAAGAGUGAAAAUGAAUCAGACUUUAGUUAGGAACUUUGUCUGCAGAUAUGUCCUUUAUGUGUCUUUCCCUGAGAUAAGUGAUGCUGAUGUGAUGUAAUGUUUGCUGGUGUCAGAUACGAAAGAAAACAUGUUUGUAAGAUUUGUUUUAUCUAUUCCAUAAACUUGAAAACGUCCGACUGGUGCUACUGGGUAAGGUGCUUGUUUAUCCAGUAAAGCUGUGACUGUUUUUUUAAAACUGAUAGUUGUUUAAAAUACUCAGACUGUUCAAGUCUAGCAAUAAAUAAUACUCUAGUCAUAUAUCAAUUGCCAAGUGUUCAUAUAUCAGUGUUGAUGCCAAGCGUUCAUAUAUCAGUGUUGAUGCCAAGCGUUCAUAUAUCAAUGUUGAUGCCAAGUGUUCCUAUAUCAAUGUUGAUGCCAAGUGUUCCUAUAUCAAUGUUGAUGCCAAGUGUUCAUUUAUCAAUGUUGAUGCCAAGUGUUCAUAUAUCAAUGUUGAUGCCAAGUGUUCAUUUAUCAAUGUUGAUGUCAAGUGUUCAUUUAUCAAUGUUGAUGCCAAGUGUUCAUUUAUCAGUGUUGAUGCCAAGUGUCCAUUUAUCAAUGUUGAUGCCAAGUGUUCAUUUAUCAAUGUUGAUGCCAAGUGUUCAUAUAUCGAUGUUGAUGUCAAGUGUUCAUUUAUCGAUGUUGAUGCCAAGUGUUCAUAUAUCAAUGUUGAUGCCAAGUGUUCAUAUAUCAAUGUUGAUGCCAAGUGUUCAUUUAUCAAUGUUGAUGCCAAAAGUUCAUAUAUCAAUGUUGAUGCCAAAAGUUCAUAUAUCAAUGUUGAUGCCAAAAGUUCAUAUAUCAAUGUUGAUGCCAAAAGUUCAUAUAUCAAUGUUGAUGCCAAAAGUUCAUAUAUCAAUGUUGAUGCCAAGUGUUCAUAUAUCAAUGUUGAUGCCAAGUGUUCAUAUAUCAAUGUUGAUGCCAAGUGUUCAUAUAUCAAUGUUGAUGCCAAGUGUUCAUAUAUCAAUGUUGAUGCCAAGUGUUCAUUUAUCAAUGUUGAUGCCAAGUGUUCAUUUAUCAAUGUUGAUGCCAAGUGUUCAUAUAUCAUAUUGAUGCCAAGUUUUCAUUUAUCAAUGUUGAUGCCAAGUGUUCAUUUAUCAAUGUUGAUGCCAAGUGUUCAUUUAUCAAUGUUGAUGCCAAGUGUUCAUUUAUCAAUGUUGAUGCCAAGUGUUCAUUUAUCAGUGUUGAUGCCAAGUGUUCAUUUAUCAAUGUUGAUGCCAAGUGUUCAUGUAUCAAUGUUGAUGCCAAGUGUUCAUGUAUCAAUGUUGAUGCCAAGUGUUCAUUUAUCAAUGUUGAUGCCAAGUGUUCAUUUAUCAAUGUUGAUGCCAAGUGUUCAUUUAUCAAUGUUGAUGCCAAGUGUUCAUUUAUCAAUGUUGAUGCCAAGUGUUCAUAUAUCAAUGUUGAUGCCACGUGUUCAUUUAUCAAUGUUGAUGCCAAGUGUUGUCAUAUAUCAAUGUUGAUGCCAAGUGUUGUCGCUGGGAGGUUUAUGUAAUUUCACAUCACAAUGGUUAUACCUGUUAUAGAGAUGUAGGAGUACUUAACGAGGAAAUACAAAGGAGCUUCUAUAUCAAUGGUGUUUACCUCAGAUAGCAUGUUUUCUUAAUUGGCAACAAAAUUAAAUUGCUAUUUUUGGAGGAAGCCUGACAACUCUUUGAAAUUAAUGUCAGAUGAUGCAAAAACUGCAUUAUUCGAUGGCGAGAGAAUAUUGAUUUUUCUUUUUCCAUAUGUUCUUUGAUACUUUAUCUUUCCCUAUUUACUGUUACACAAAAAUGAUUAAAAGAAAAUGAGAUGCUUUGUUCCAACUAUAUAAAUAUACACACACA